UGCGACGGAGGCAUUCACACCGCGACCGGUGUCUGUGAAGGACAGUCUCUCCACGAAGCACCAACUGACUGACAGCUCUAACAUUCUCGCGUUCCCCACGACCCCUUUGCGCAACCAAACAAAAAAAAAAAAAACACGGGAGACUGCAACAACAGCCCCUGCAGACGUGCACUGACAGGAGUCGUUUCAACGACUGAGAGAAGAAAAAAAAAAGAUUCUUGGAUUUUUUUGCAACAAAAAAAGUUGUGAAAGAGCACCGUUAAGAGGCGCGUCUGUCACCUACUCCAGAUGUUAUAGCGGGGAGCUCAGGUACCUGCACCUGCCGUCUCCUUGGCGAUCGGACCCUCGCUCGGCCCCCCCCCACCCCCGGUCCCGCUGUUCUGCGUGGUGCCAGCCAGGCAGUUGGGGGCGCGUGCUCAGCGCCAUGGUAACCCACAGCAAGUUUGACUCCGCAAUGAGCAGCUGCCCGUUGGACGCCAGCAUGCGGCUGCCGCCUCACCGCUACAAGACCUUCUGCUCCAAAGUGCAGCACCAGCUGAUCCUGACGGCCGUGCGCAAGCUGCAGGCCAGCGGCUUCUACUGGGGCACCAUCACCGGCAAGGAGGCCAACGGCCUGCUGAGCGCCGAGCCCGCCGGCACCUUCCUGAUCCGCGACAGCUCUGACAACCGCCACUUCUUCACCCUCAGCGUGAAGACGGCAUCCGGCACCAAGAACCUGCGCAUCCAGUGCGACAGCUGCUCCUUCUUCCUGCAGACCGACCCCAAGAGCGCCCAGGCCGUGCCCCGCUUCGACUGCGUGCUCAAGCUGGUGCAGCACUACAUGCCCACCAAGGGCGGCUCGCCCGGGUCACCCGGCACGCCCUGCGGGAACGCCCCCCGUGCCGCCUACUUCAUCCACUCGGGCGGGGAGAAGGUCCCGCUGGAGCUGGUGAGGCCGCUGGCCUCAGGGAUGUCCUCUCUGCAGCACCUCUGCCGCAAGACGGUCAACAGCCACACGGACGUCUCUGGCAAAAGGGACGAGCUGCCACACCCCCUCAAGGAGUUCCUGCAGGAGUACGAUGCCUCCAUCUGAGGGGUCCUGACCCGCCCCAGCACACGGAACCAAACCCACGGCAGGGCUCCCAGAGACUCGUGUAAGAUGGGACAUCUCCGACCUGCACGCGGGUGACUUUGUGCUGUCGUUUGAAGGGAUGACUUUUUGUUUGUUUGUCUGAGUGGAAGUAUGUUACCCGUGUGGAUGGCCUUCACGUUACAUGUGAAAGAAAAAAGGAUGGUCGGGGAACAAAUGACACGGAAUCCCUCACCCCCCCCCCCCCCCAUGUUACCGUGGGAACAGGUCUCAGGACGUGAGAUGCUGAUUGGAUGGUACAGUUCUCUGGGUCUUUGAGUAGCGUGGGCAGGUGUUGCGUCUUGGGCUUCCAGCAGAAGCGUGUUCCUGGGAGCCGAGGGUCUGCCUCCGACGUCAGAGGAGUGUGGGUCACAGUCGCCGUCCGCCUGCAGACUGCGCCCCCCACAUGCAGAGCCCCACACCCCCGAAUCGUACCCCAGCUAACUCACAGCCUCUCCCGCAGCAAACGCUCUGUAGCAAAAGUGCCUAACGUUGUGACAACAGCAUGGGAGCGCUGAGGGAACAUUGUUCUUUAUUAUUCUUAUUAUUAUUUUUUUUUGUUUGGGGGAAUCCGGCCGCUGCUUGUGCCUGUGUUCCUGUUCUCCCGGCAGACCGGACAGCCUCUCUCCUCGGUUUUCCGCGGGCGACGUUUUGGCCCGUCCUGCCGAAGGUGGUGCGCCGGCAGGGAGCUGUGUGAGUGGAGUCUGGAGCCUGCAGACUGCAGUGACGUCUGCCUUUCCACUGCUGCUCGCCAAGCAUAAUUGCCUCAUAAGUGGAAGGGGGGGGGGUGGACACAUCCUGCCACGAGCUCCUGCAAAACGUUUAUGACGAGCACUACAGCCUCAGUGUUAUUGUCAGUGUGAGUGGGUGACUCUGCCCUGUGUGUUCUCAGAAA